CUUUCCUUUCCUUUGCCUCUCUUUGCCUCUAUGACAGCUCAAAUUAAAGUGAUCUCAAUAAUCAAACCAUCUUUCCCUUCCUCUCAAAAAGCUCUAAGAAAACUUUUGUUGCAAGUCUCUCUCUCUCUCUCUCUCUCUCUCUCUCUCUCUCUCUAACAACCUUCAUAAUGAGAUAGAAACACUGAGGCUUCUCUAAAUUGUAUUCUUGAUUUUCUUCAAGAAAAACAUUUGAGAGUGAUAUAGAGAUAGGGUUUUAAUCAUUUUGUCACCUCAAUUUAAGCACACGUGUAGCUAGCCAGGCAUAUGGCUAAUGCUAGAACAACAGCAGCAGGUGCAGCAGCUCCAGCAGCAUCAACAUCAAAGUUCAUCAAAUGUGUGACAGUUGGAGAUGGUGCUGUUGGAAAGACAUGCCUUCUCAUCUCCUACACUAGCAACACUUUCCCUACCGAUUAUGUUCCAACUGUUUUUGACAACUUCAGUGCCAACGUUUUGGUUGAUGGGCAGACUGUAAAUUUGGGUCUCUGGGAUACUGCUGGUCAAGAAGAUUACAACAGAUUGAGGCCUCUUAGUUACAGAGGAGCUGAUGUGUUCCUUCUUGCCUUUUCCCUCAUAAGUAGGCCUAGCUAUGAGAACAUAUCAAAGAAAUGGAUCCCUGAGCUAAGACAUUAUGCCCCAUCAGUGCCUAUCAUUCUUGUAGGGACAAAACUAGAUCUGAGGGAAGACAAACAAUUCCUAAUGGAUUACCCCGGGGCAGGUACCAUCUCUACACAACAGGGUGAAGAUUUGAAGAAGCAAAUAGGUGCUGUGUCGUAUAUAGAGUGCAGCUCAAAGAAACAGCAUAAUGUGAAGACUGUUUUUGAUGCAGCUAUCAAGUUGGCUCUCUAUCCUCCAAAGUCCGAGAAGCAAAAGAGGAAAUUGAGCAUCUGCAGCGUUCUUUAACCUCUCUCUCUCAUUGAGAGCUUAUUAUACACUUUGUUCAUUCUUUCUAUCCCUCAUUCUCUUUCUGGGUGCUUCCAUCUCUUUUCAGAGAGAAAGUGUGCAAUAUUAUUGUGUUGUUUACUUAAUUGUAAGGUUAUUGUUUACUCUUUUCUGAGAGAAAAAGUGUGCAAUAUUUGUUGUGUUGUUUACUUAAGUGUGUGCAAUAUGUGAUCAAAUUAUGUAUAUUAGAUGCGUCAGUAUUAAUUUUUAGAUGGCCUGCAUGGAGUGGUUCUCACUUACAGAUCUCCCAGCCUCUUACACUAGCAGAUUCCCUGUGAGAAGAAAACUUACGUAGUUCUGCCACCAGCUAACGGCUCGAGAGAUGGAGAUACUGGUCGCACCAUCUCAGCAUUCCAUACGACGUCAUCCUGGAGCCCCAAACUGGCCACCAAACCACCAGCAGAGUUUGAAAUUUGCCCAACUUAGCUUUGAGGCCAAGCGAAGUGCCCAUCUGCCAUCGAGUUCAAUUGCACUCCUAUGUCAGGGUACCCCAGUGGUGUCGAAAUCCAUCCACAAAUAGCAUAGGGACAAUCCUUUAUAAGGUGAAGGGCUGUUUAUCCUUGAAAACCAGAGUACCUAAAAGCGAUCCAUCCCAACAUGUCUUCUCACCAAAUUUUCCCUACUAGGAAUGAUAUCUCAACAGAUCCUCCAUGCGCACAUCUUCACCCUUGCUUCCCAUAGAUUUUUUCCACAGAACUUCACAAGGGUUUGGAUUGAUGGAAGAAGAAGCUACAUCAUGAGCCUCUCCUAUCCAACUAAGAGCAACAUAAUAAGCACUCCUAACAGUGAAAAGUCCCUUCAAGUUGAAAUGCCAGAUCAAUCUAUCCUUUGGCUUACUAAUGCUCAGAGGCAGGGAGCAAAGAAGAGGCAAAUUCCACUGUGGGGGAGCACCAAUGAUUAAUUCCUCCCUUUUUUAUGUUAAGCAUAUCCAAGAAAAACACACUCCAAAGCACAUGGAUCCAGUUUACUCGGUUGCUCUUAGGAACAUGAACAAACACCACACAUCCAAACACACAUGGUGCAGAUUUGGAGGUGGAAGGUAGCUUGCAAUGAUGAGUGACAGUUUGGAGUGGUGUUUGAAACUGUAGAACACCGGAGGGAACGAGGUUGAUAAGAUAUGCAGCGGAGCAGACAGUCUCCCCAAAAAAAGAUCGAGGCAUGUGAGCUCCAAAAUGACAGGCACAAACAACUUUCAGUAAGUGUUGGUUCUUUCUA